GGAGAUCCAUAUCAAGGUCCUGAUUGACCAACAGAAUGUGGGUGGAAGUUAUUCAUCCUCGAUGAUGUCUAUCCCUAUUCCGGAAACGGAUGAGAAGGUCGAAGACACUGACGAAAUCUAUGGCAAAGCACCCAAAAUCUCUUCACAUUACAUCCGAAUUAUGGAUCGCUACCUUAUUACUGACCGAGUGCUAUAUGAUGCGGACUCGGAUGAUGAGAGAUGGGUCGAGAACUUUAACACAACGCAUCAGUCAUCCAGUCGGAGUGUGUCGAUCGAUGAGUUCGAGCGGCUGUUCGACUUAUUAGAGAAGUCAUCUCCGUACGAAGAGUUGAUUGAAUAUGGAGAAGCCAAGAAUCUUCUAAACUGCGAGGACUUGAUCGUCAAAGCCGUAUAUCAGCUCUGGAAGGAUAAGCGAAGGGCGCGGAUGUCGAAGCCGCUGCGACCGACGAUCAAAUUCGAUCCACAUAACGACCCAGAUUUAGCACACGACCCUUAUGUAGCGUUCAGGAGGAGGUCAGAACGGCAUCGCAUCAAAACUAGAAAGCACCAGAAGCAAGACGAGAGCAACUACGACAAGAUGCUUAAGCUUCGUCGAGAUUUGGACAAGGCGCUCGUAUUACUAGAUCUUGUCAAGAAGAGAGAACGGUUAAAGGCCGAGUCGGUGCGGCACGCGAAGGAAUGUUUGCAGAAGCGAUACGAACUGAACGAUUGGUCUGAUCGUUUGUUUCUACCGGAGACAGGGGGACCGGAUAUUGCUGAUCUAUCACCUUCACCUACGACAAUCAAGAAAAUCCGCACUGGGCAUAAGAAAGACCGGGAAUCGAGUAAGAGGAAACACAAAGAAGGACCGCGCUUACCCGUAGCAGAAAGCGAUAUCGAGGAAGUCAAGCCUUCCUUGCUUAAAAUUAAACUACACAAACCCUCCGAGAAUCCAUAUGUUGUAAGGAAGAUCAAAGGUAUCUCAUUCUCCGUUGGUCGCGGCCUGGGUUGUCCAACAGCAAUCAAAUCGCCAGCUGUGGCCUUUGGCUACACGCCCCUGAAGGGCAUGCCAAACGUGAGGUGCGCAAGGCGUCGAAUUGGGCGGGGCGGUCGUGUGUUGUUCGACAGGACACCCACAUGGGCAGCCGAACAAUUCUCCGCAGACCCGAAAUACAUCGAUCCGUUCGUGCGCCAUGGGCCGUUCGAGAAUCUAGUCCGCAGACAAACAUCGUCAGUGGCAACGCCUCAGAUGACGAACUCGAUACUAAAAAUGUCAGCGGUCGUGGAUCACCGAAUACCCGGUCCAGUCCGGCCAGCAGGUCCCAUUGGGACCACACAGGUGCAAUCACAAAAUAUAAAUAGUAAUAGUAAUAGUAUUAGUUAUAGUACCAAGCAAUCACACCCGCUCACAGCUCAACAACAGCAGGCAUACCCACAUACAUCAGCACAGAGGGUAGAACAUUCGGGUGCUAAUUCGGCCCAAAAUCAAGCGUUGGGUGGAGCAACCCACUCCCUGACAACUUCAUCGGCCCCUUCGGACCAGCAACCCGUGCAGACACAAAGGUUAGCCACAACACAAAACACUGCAGACCAACUGAACAGUUCGUAUACUCUGCCAACGGGUCAGCGGCCCACAACAGCCCUACUGGCGAAUUCUGGUGUGGGUGGGAGUUCGUCAACGAAUACAAACACAACCACGAAUACGAACCUAAGUUCUAACACGAACCCUAUCUCAAACCCAAUCACAACUGCGAAACUGAUGGCGAGUACAAAAUCAUGUACGAUAACGAAUGCUACAAGUGCUGCGGCUUCGUCUGUCCCACAGAGUGCAUCCUCUGUCAGCCAGGUACAGCCUGGGCAUAUCGGUACUCAACUAGGCGGUGUGAGUAGCCUCGCUAGCACGACUCCGGCGGUGGGCGCGUAUAGUUCUACAUCCACAUCUGCUGGUCAGAGUGCAAGUAGAAUACCGAGCUCUAAUGUGUACUCACAACCGUACGCAACAACAUUGGUCAAUAGACCGAUCCCCCAGGAUCAGGAAAAUACUACUGCGGAUGGGUACGAUAGCGCACCUACGAUGAGUGCUGUAGACGGUACUGUUCGAGGUCAGAGUUUGACACAGGCACAAGCAACAUCAACCGCAGAUGCAAAUUUGAACCCCAACCAGGCAACGUUCAAUCACGGGGGAAGUGCGACUAAGAUGAGUUCGGAUACGCCAAUGACCACAACUGCAGCUUCGCAACCAGUCGAUAGCCAAUCGUAUGCGGCACUCUCUGCUCAGCGAGCGCAGCCCCAACAACAACAGCAGCAGCAGCAGCUCCAUGGAAACCAUGUGAACAACCUGAAUGCAACCUCCAACGCAGCAACCUCAGUUCCUUACAACUCGAUCUCGCAAAUUCCAUCCAUGAACAACAGCACAUACACGUCGCGGCAAUCAUCGUUCGGAGAAACGUGUAGUGACGGAUCACAACCACAGAGGACGGCCAGCAGAAGUGCCGUCGCCGCGGUUGCUUCUAGUGUACCUAGCAUGUCUCAGUCUGCGAUGUAGAGUGUGACACCACCUGCCCACACAGAUGCGAGCCCUGCAACCUCGGGCUACCCUGUCACGACUCAAACUGCAUACUCGACUGUUCAAGCUUCCACCACAAAUCCUAAUCUCCCAACGCAAGCCACCGCACCCGCCACGGGCGUUAAUGCGAACGGUGCGGAAACUAGUGCGAUGGAUCUACCAGGCGGUACUCCUACUGCAGUUGGUGUGAGUUCUGUGUCGGUCAGUGGGGAAGGGGUGGAUACAUCGGGCGCAGCGACAACUCAAAUACAGCCAGAUAAGGACAAGCCUAAGACCGACUCACGAAUGGACAGCACACCGGGAAGUGAAUACACCAACGGCCAAUU